CAUCCCUUAGGCCUGCAUGGCUUCAUGUGACUUACACUUCACUUCAACUUUCUGCUCACACAAGAUGAAAUUAAGAGCCUCAUCAAGUGGUCCUGACUCAACAAAGACUCUGUCCAAGCACACACUUUCAUUUCCUUUCUUUCGAUUCAUCUGAUAUGCUCUUGUAGACUUUUACGUCCACAUCACUGUUUGAAGAGUAUCCCUCAUGGGAGUGGUAACUGUUGCCGAAUUGAAGCCUAGCAUUUCAGGAAAAAGGACCUUUCGUCCAAGCUCAAGCAUAAGACAUGCCACCGAAUGGCCAAUAUCUGACGUUUCUAGUGAUCUCACAAUCGAAGUAGGAGCAUCAGCCUUCGCACUUCACAAGUUUCCUCUUGUUUCUCGGAGUGGAAGAAUUCGGAAGCUGCUGUUAGAAGCAAAAGAUUUGAAAGUUUUACGCAUAAGUCUCCCAAAUGUGCCAGGUGGAGCAGAGGCAUUUGAGCUAGCUGCCAAAUUUUGCUAUGGGAUCAAUGUUGAGUUCACUCUCUCAAAUAUUGCCUUGCUACGGUGCACGGCUCAUUUUCUUGAAAUGACAGAAGAAUUUUCUGAGAAAAACUUAGAAUCCAGAGUUGAAGCAUACCUUAGGGACACAGUGCUACCUAACAUAUCAAGCACAGUGUAUGUUCUUCACAGUUGUGAGGCCCUCCUUCCAAUGUCAGAGGAAAUAAACCUAGUCAACAAGCUAAUCAAUGCAAUUGCAAACAACGCGUGCAAAGAGCAGCUUACAUCUGGUUUACUAAAACUCGAUCACAAUUUCCCUUCUAAAACCACACCAACCAUGGAGCCAGAAACACCCGCAGAUUGGUGGGGGAAGUCUUUCAAUGUUCUUAGUCUUGAGUUCUUCCAACGAGUUGUAUCUGUUGUGAAGUCAAAGGGACUGAAACAAGACAUGAUCAGCAAGAUAUUGAUGAACUAUGCACAUGGUUCACUUCAGGGGAUUGGUGUUAGAGAUCCCCAAGUGGUGAAAGGAAGUCUUCAUGACAUGGAAUUGCAAAAGAAACAAAGGGUCGUUGUUGAAACCAUAGUUGGCUUACUCCCAACUCACUCAAGGAAAAGCCCUGUUCCAAUGGGAUUCCUCUCAAGUUUGUUGAAAGCUGCAAUAGCAGCACCUGCAUCAACUCAUUGCAAAUCUGAUUUGGAGAGGCGAAUUAGUCUUCAACUAGACCAGGCAAUUCUCGAAGACAUCUUAAUCCCAACAAACUCACCUCAAAACACCCACAAUACUAUGUAUGACACUGACUCAAUUCUGAGGAUCUUUUCUUUUUAUCUAAACAUGGACCAAGAGGAUGGAGAAGACAGUGAUAACUACAUUGAUGAAAGCCAAAUGGUGUAUGAUUACGACAGCCCUGGAUCUCCAAAACAAAGCUCAAUUAUAAAGGUAUCGAAAUUGCUGGACAGUUAUCUCGCUGAAGUAGCUCUAGACUCAAACUUGUCGCCCUCAAAAUUCACAGCACUUGCAGAACUACUUCCAGAUCAUGCACGUGUUGCAAGUGAUGGACUCUAUAGAGCAGUUGACAUCUUCCUCAAGGUUCAUCCAAACAUGAAGGACUCAGAGCGAUAUCGGUUAUGCAAAACCAUUGAUUGUCAGAAACUGUCUCAAGAAGCAUGCAGCCAUGCAGCACAGAAUGAAAGGCUACCGGUGCAGAUGGUGGUUCAAGUGCUUUACUUCGAGCAAAUGAGGCUUCGCAAUGCCAUGAAUGGAGGGCACAACCAAUUCUUCUUCGGUCAGUUUCCUCACCGUUCAGGAAGCGGUGCAGGGAGUGGAGCCAUUUCCCCGAGAGAUAACUAUGCAUCAGUGAGAAGAGAGAACAGAGAACUGAAGCUUGAAGUAGCAAGAAUGAGAAUGAGGCUCACUGACUUGGAAAAAGACCACGUGUCCAUGAAGCAGGAGCUUGUUAAGUCUCACCCUGCCAACAAGUUGUUCAAAUCAUUCACCAGAAAGCUGAGUAAGCUCAAUGCUCUGUUCAGGAUAAAUAGCAUUAAGCCAAUUGGUGGCAAGGCUUGUUCAGAAAGUCGCUUCCCUUUUCCAAAGCGAAGACGCCACUCUGUUUCAUAACUUUAUUCAAACACGUAAUAUAUCAUAUAUGCCAUAAUUCAUGUACAGUAUGCGUAAAAACAUUCUAGUAAUGCGUAAUGCAUCGCGUGCUUCUGUCUAUUUUCCAGUCAACAGUUUUUUCGGUUAUGUUGCUGACUAUCAACUGUGUUCAGUACUUUCAUUACACUUCUGAGAAACUCAAUAUCAGAAUUUUAGUAUAAAAAGGCUUUCCCAGAAAAGAAAUGUUUC